AGAAGUUUAAAUAUCCUUCAAUGCUAGAGUCAAUCAGAUACAAAAAACAAAACUAUCUCAGCUAAUAUUUGGAAGAGAAUGUCUAACUAUUUUGUGAACUUAUCAAGAAGAAAGAUCUAGAAAAAUUGAUCUAAUUUUUAAAUUAUCCCAUCCAAUAUUCAUAGGAAUUAAAUGUAACUUUGAUGUAAUAUCAUUUUAGUAACUUAAAUUAUUUAACGAAUUGUUGUUUUUUGUGGCUUAUUUUGCCAAUACAAUUGUGUCUUUGAAUAAAGCAGCAUAUUUAUUAAAGGAUUGUCUGAAGGUAUCAGAAUUAAGUAGAGAUCAUACCUUAAAAAUUAAAAUUUUAAUUCAAUUUUACCUUAUUGCCAAACAGUAUCAAUAUUAUUAUAAUUCAUUUUAUAGAUUGAAAUAAUAUGAAUAAGCUCGCAAGUUUAUACAAAAAGCAUUAAAUUAUGCUUGGGCUGAUAAUCUUGAAGAAUAUGAAAUUGAUUGUUAUGAUAAGUUGGGAAUGUGCUAUUUUUAUAUGGGCAACAUAAACAGAGCCAAUCAUUUCCACUCUAAAUGGGCUAAGUGUGAUGUUGAACCUAAAAAUUCUUAUUAUAGAUUAACAUCCAAGGAUUUUAUUAAAUUAUAUGAAAAAUAAUUGCCAAUUUGUAAAGAAUUUGAUGAUGUUAUUUCAAGAUAUCUACAUGUUCCCUUCAUCAAUAUUAAAACAGGGUAAAUGUUUGAUUCACACUCAACUAUCAAAUAUAAUAAUUGCAUUGCUCAAUCGAUUUUAGAUUCAAUAUUGUAAGGAACAGAUUUCCUAUAAUUUCAAAUUGAAUAUCAUUAUAUUGAUAUCAAAGCCAAAUAACAUUUAAAUAAAGCUGCUUUGCCUAGGAGAGCUGUGGAGAUUAUGGCUAAGUAUGAGAAAAAUAAUGACAAAUAUUUAUUCGAUCACAAAAUUCAUGAAAAUCCAAUCUAUAAAUUAUCCUUACAGGAUAGAGUUAACUACAGAAAAACUAAAUCCUAUUCACUUGAUUAGGUAUCAAAAAAUAUAAGAAAAUAUAUUGCUGAACAAAGAGAACCAUUCUAAAAGAGUGAUAAAGUUUAUGUUAAAGAGUCUUAAAGGAAGGAUCUGAUUCCCUAAAAUGCAAAUUAAUUGUCAUUAAGUUUUAAAAAGAUGUUUCAGAAUAUCAUUAACUUAGAGUGA